AUGCUGCUCACGUCCCGAUUACUAUCAGGCCUUUUGGCCUCUGGCUUUGUCGCCUUUGCAAGCUCGCAUUGGACGGGACCGACGGCACCGCCGGCCCCAACGGCGACCCUUUCAAAUGGAACCUACCAAGGCGUCCAUAGCAUUUAUUAUGAUCAGGACUGGUUCUUGGGGAUGCCGUUUGCGCAACCGCCCGUGGGAGAAUUACGACUAGCCCCUCCGGCACCACUCAAUACGAGCUUCGACGGCAUCAGACUGGCUACUGCAUAUGGUCCCGUCUGCCCGUCGUAUGGGAGUGAUGACAUUGGCCUGCCAUUGUCAGAGGAUUGCUUGAGCAUCAAUGUCAUUCGUCCCGCCGGCUAUGAGCAUGCUGCAUUGCCAGUUGCCGUCUGGAUCUAUGGGGGGGAGUAUGCUAUGGGCGGUGGAAGUAACCCCAAGUACAACUUGAGCUUUAUCGUGCAAGACUCUGUUGCGGCCGGGCUGCCGAUUAUCGGGGUCAGCUUCAAUUACCGCGUUGGAGCCUUUGGGUUCUUAUCAUCCGCCGAAGUCACGGCUGCGGGCGUGGCCAACCUUGGCCUUCGAGAUCAGCGACUGGCCUUGCACUGGGUUCAAGAGAACAUCGCUCGGUUCGGCGGAGAUGCUGCCAAGGUCACCCUCUGGGGCGAGUCUGCUGGAGCCGAUAGUAUUGGCCAUCAGAUGAGGGCCUAUGGUGGGCGUGAUGAUGGCUUGUUUCGAGGAGCGAUUGCCGAAUCUGGAGGCCCAUUGAUGUUUCAAGGAAAUUCGGCGGCCGAGAAUGAAGCAGUUUACCAAAGUGUGUUGAAUGGGACGGGCUGCGCAAAUGCGACGGACGGCUUAGCCUGUCUUCGAUCGGUGCCUUACAUUACCUUCCUCAAUGUGACCACCGGGACUGGUGCAUUGUUCUCCACUGUGGUUGACGGUGACUUCCUGCGGAAUCUAUCUUCGGUGGCGCUGAGCGCGGGCAACUUCACCAAGGUUCCUCUCCUCAUUGGGUCCAACACUGGCGAAGGCACGGCCUUUGCACCAUCGGGCAUCAACAACGACUCUGCGUUGAUGGCAUAUCUCACGGGCAGCAGCAUCCGCCUUGACAACGAAACGGCCCGCGAUAUGAUGCUCCUCUAUCCGGAUAUCCCAGCCUAUGGAACCCCGCCCAGCUUCAUCGGCCGACCAAACAGCACAUAUGGCACGCAAUUUCACCGAGCGGCAGCCAUCGCAGGCGAUUUCACCAUCCACCGAGGGAGACGGUUCAGCGCCGAAAUCUGGUCCAGAUACAACGUGACGGUCUACACUUACCGGUUCAACGUGUGGCCACUGACCGGUGUGAGCAAUCUUAUCGGCAUCAGCCACUACAAGGAAAUCGAGUUUGUGUUCGACAACGAGAAGGGCGAUGGAUUUUUCCCGCCAUAUGGCACCACUAGCGAACUCGUGGGCCAACCGGACACCUACAAAACCAUUUCCAGACUGAUCAGUGGCAUGUGGAUCAGCUUCAUUAAUGAUUUGCAUCCGAACAAUCAUCCGCUGGUCACGUAUGCGGCCGGAGGCCCCGUUCCCGAAUGGCCCGUGUAUGCACCCGACGCCACGCUGGCGCUCGAAGGAUAUGGCCAGAACUUUGUCUUUGAUACGAACCUGACCGGGUUGGCAACCAUUGAACAAGAUACGUGGAGAGGUCCAGGAAUAGCCUACUGUAACUCGCCCAGUGUCCAGCUGCAAUUGGGCACAUAA